AUGCUCACAGAUAUGGAGAUCCCAUAUGUGAUGCCCGAUGACCUGGACCGAAAACUUGCUUUUGAAAUGGCUCUUGCCAAAUGUAUUCAGGACAAUGACCGGGACAGAGUUGCGUCGCUACUGGCAGAUGUGAGAGACACAACACCAGCAUCGAACGCGCGCGACACGAUGUCCAAAUCGACUCUCGAUGACAUUAGAGAAUAUGGAUUGAUCGAUUUCCGCGAAUUACGAGACCUUUUAGACCUUAGCCAGUUGUGCUCGUUAAAUACUGAUCAAGACAUUACCAUUCUCGCAGCUGCGGUCGAAUGGGGCCAUCGGACUCAGUAUACGAGGCAACUGAAGAUAAUUCUUAAGGCCAUGGCAAAUGAAACGGUUAUUGAUGACCAGCAACGCCGAGUUGUGUUUUCCAGGGGUGACUCUUAUGGAACCCAUAUCCACUUACCAUCAAAUAAUGGGCUUGCAGUCUUGGCACUCCUCAGUAUGGUCGAUGAAAGCGCUGAAUAUGAAGCUAGAAUAGAUCCUAGCGUCUUCUACGAUCAAUUCCAAGCAACUGUCACACCCGGAGAUCCAUAUUUGAACUGCAUGGAUCCGCAUAUCUGGUUCGAAAAUGGAGUGUCUGUCAAGGCUUCCGUGAUUGUGUUACCAUGCAUCGGGGUCAGCACGAUUCAUCAACAGAAAUCUCGAGGAAAAGAGUACAGAUACCUUAGAGAUUCACUGUUGACCAACCCUAAGGGACGUGUUUCAACAGAGUGUACCUUCCACUUCGAACGUACUCUUGAUGAGGCAUACUUUCCCGGGCUUGAUGCUGCCGCUCUCCAAAGAAGAAAUGAGAAGCAAGUGCUGUCCAGAGUGCUCAGAGACGAGAGCGACUCCGAUCACAGGACACCGCUCCUCAUAGUUACCCAGCUUUGGAUAUGGCGCGUUGGAAGCUUCAUAAUAUCGUGUUAUCCCACGAUACAAGAGUCAAACCUCCCGAAGCAGAGUAAGGAGCGCGAUGCAAGUUAUGAAGACGGUCUGUUCUCUCUAGAUGUGACACGGCGCAUCGAUCAUCAGGUCGACCAGACCAUCGAGAGUCACAUCGAUAAUUUUGGGAAACAGACCAAGAUUGAUGCCAUGAUCUUUCAGGCCCCAUUGGAUAUGUUCGAACAGGCGAUCGUAUCUAUACUUUCUGAUGUAGACGAAUACGUCGACCAGGCAAAAGCAGGGUCUACUGACGACUCGUACAAGAAAGAGAGUACUUUUCUUCAAAAUCUUUCGGACAUUCGUGCUGAGCUUGCUAUGGUACUCAGCAUUCUAGCUCAACAACAGGAGAUUGUCUCAGUGAUGUUGAGCGAGGAGUACCGGAGAGUCCGGCCUGUUGAUCCCAUUGUAGAUGACAUACCAUGGCCCCGGCAACAAGAGCACCAAGCAUGCUGCAGCAUUAUUAAAAAAGCACAUUCAACUCUUCACAAGUAUCAGCAGCGAGGGAAAAAGCUUGAAAAGGAUGCUGAAAGGAUAGAGAAGAAGGUAAUGGAUAUGCUGGAAUUGAAACGCACCUACGCCACAAUGAGAGACGCGCGCAGCAGUCUUCUUCUCGGUACGGCGGUCAUUGGCUUUACCGUCAUCACCAUCAUCUUCGCGCCUCUCUCGUUCCUCACCUCGCUAUUCGCCCUGAAGAUUGAUGGAUUCGAGAGAUUCCAGGUCAGUGAUAAGGAGGAUGUUUACAGCAGCAAAGCAAUGAUGGGGAUCUUCUUUGGUUCUGAGGCCUUGACAGUACUGCUCACACUACUUCUUGUUACCAUCUCGGUCUGGUUUAUCCGGCGAUGGGAUCGCAUUGAAGUCGGUGGAAUGAGGAGUAAGGCUCCCAUGAGUAACAACCAUUUCAAAAUGGGUAAUUGGGCGAAAGCUAGAAAGCUUGAUCGCGGGGACGAUUUGGAGUUGCAGAGAAUGAGAUAG